UCGUACAGUCCAGUAUAGCAAUCCCUAGUGCGCAUGUCUUAGAUUCGCUUUGCGUGUGCAACGAUUUCAAUCAUUUAGUCGAGCAGUUAGUGAUGUGAUCUGUUGUGCUCUCGCCAUAUAUGAUAUUUGCAUCAUUCUUAUAAUAAACGUAUUUCAUUUUGUUCUGCAUAUCAUGAAUCAACCUCUAAAAAUGUCCCAGAAAAAGAAAUGCUAGCAAUAUUCUGUUGAAUAUGUAAAGUUUGGUUUUAUUUCUAGCCAACUUUUAAUGUGUUUGCUGUGCCAUCAGGUAUUUUCUAAUGAAGCAAUGAAACCAUCCCGGAUAAUUGAACAUUUAAAAAAAAAACAUCCCGACAAGCAGGACAAAGACAUUGAAUAUUUCGACAAUUUAAAAACGAUGUUUACCAAAAGAAAUACAAUAAUCAAUGUAAUCAAAACACCAACCACAAAUAUAAAUAAGGGAUUGGAGAUGUCAUAUAAGAUUUCACGUAUAAUAACUCCGAAUGUGAAACCUCAUAAUAUUGGAGAGAAAUUAUUAUUACCGGUUAUAAAGGAAGUUCUUCAGCAGAUCCAGCCAAUAUUAGAGCAAGUGUCGAACAAUGAACUUUGAGUGAUUCCAAAUUUAUAGACUGAAGUACACAUUAAAAAAGGAAAAUCAAUAAUAUUACCGAAACUAGACUUCAAGUUUUUAAAUAAUCAAAUUUAUAAAUCUCUAAAUUUAACUAAAAUAGAUUUUGAAAAAUUAUUUGAAAUAAAUAAAAUUGCUUGAAAUAUAAAACCAAUUCAUGAAAUUUAUAAUCCGCAAAGCCAUGUAUCAAUAGGACUAUUUACGAUAAUAAUAAUAAUUUGUGUAAUUUUAAUAAUAUUAUGGUUAAUUCGAAAAUAUAAGAAAAUUUUUAAGAAAACAGAUCUAUGAAGAAAAGAAGAAAUCAAAUUAUAGUACGAGAUUCGGCUCUAGGAUUAGUGCGUUCAUCGGUUUUUUCAUAAAAACCGAAUUUUUAUGUAUAUUUAUAAUUAGGAGAAUAUAUAUUUAUCAAGUUGUCUACCAAAAUUUGGCCGCCAGUAUUUUUAAUUGAAUUAUUUUUAAUUGAUUUUUGGAAAAAAAUAUCGUUCACUUGUUUUUUAAAUAAAAUAACGUCUACAUCACGGCAAUUUAUAUAAAGAUUAAAAAAAUCAUGGUUGCCGUUGCUCACUUGGCCGCACCUCUUCUUAUAUUUCCGUAACUCUUAUUUAAUAAUCUGAAUCAUCGGAUCAUCCCUACAAAUAUCAGAAUUGUCGUCACUAUCGAAAGAUUUGUCUAUGGAAUCACAUAGCACACUCUUAACUUGCGUCGGAGUUGAGUCUCCCAGGAACCACGUUGGUUUUAGAAAACCAUCGAAUAGCAGCCAGCCAUUAUUUUCCGAGCUGAACUUGAUACAGUCCGGUUCAGUGGCAUUUAAACACAUCGAAUUAAUAAAGAUUGUCCGAAACAGUUUCAAAGAUUUCCAGCACGGUGGAAUGUGCGUUGAGUUCAAACCUUUAAUUCUUUUCAUAAAUUUUUCAUUACUUUGUUUUGAAGCGUACAUUUUGUUAAAUAAUAAAAAUCUUGCGGCAUUUACACUUUGACACUUUGAGAGUCCAUACAUAAGGCACGUAAACUCUUGGACUGCAUCAAUUUUGGUUUCAUUAAAGAGCAGGAUUCGUCAGUGACGCAAAAACUUGUUGAAUUAGUGGGUGCUUCAUAAAUAGAUUCAAGGGCCGAAGUUUUCCUUUGUUGAAAAAUGCAGCCGUGUAGUCGCAACCCGUGUAGGCGUGAAAAGCGGGAAGAGCAAGACAUAAAGUCGUGCCUAAUUUUAUUGAUAACUCAAUAAGUUAGAGAGAGUCAGCACAUAACAUCAUUUGUCAGACGAGGAUAGCGAUUGCAGCCUGUGCGAUGCUUUUAAGCCAUUGCGCAUGCGGCGAAUGUUAGUGUUCUCAACAGCUGCGGUAUUUUAUUCUUACAUAAAACCACACUGUUUUGGAGUUCGUAAUGCAUAACGUUUUAUAUUUACAUUAUUAUUCUAUUUUUCCAUCUAAAAAUUAUUAAAUUAAUUAACGUAAAAUGAAAUUGAUAAAGAUGAAGUCGUGUUUUCUGUGUAACGAAAAAAUCAAUGUACUAGAUUUUGAUAAUGCAUCAUUCAAAAAGUACUCGCUAAUGUUAUUGUUUCGUCGUAAAAAAAAUAUAAAUAUCAUAACACUUUAUUAACAAUUGAAUCUACUAAUGAUUUUGGAUAUCAUACAGAGUGUCUCCAAAAAAUUACAGUUCUAGAGCAGAAAGAUAAAGAAGAAUUUGAAGAGUUUUGCAAAACACAAACCAUUCCGAGGCUCCCUCCAGAUCUCCAUGAACAAAGUAUUCCUGCUGUAAGCUGUGAUCUAGAAGAAUCAAGAGCUUCAUUGAAUGAUCAUCCAACCACACUUUCAAUAGACGACCAGUUUACUAUGACUACUUCAAACGAGCAGCCUAGUACAUCUACGCAGGAAGUUGAUCAUUCUCAGUCUUCUCAAGAUUUGUCAUCUGCUGCUACAGUAUCCCAGCAAGCUAUUUCAUCAACACCCAAAAACAAAAAGUCAACCUGCCUUUUUUGUGAUCAUGUUGAGAAAAAAGUUGGUAAAAAAAGAACUUAUGUAUCGUUUCCGCAAUCGGAAGCAACAGUUGAAACAAUAAAAUCAAUGGCCGUAAAAUAAAAUGACUCAAAGCUAUUAAUAAAACUAGAAAGCACUCAAACUGUUGCUUACCAUUUAACUUGUUUUUCAUAAUAUCAGAUUUCACUGAAACGGCAAUGUGAGGAACAUUCAGAGCCAAGAUAUUGGCACAAAAACCGUCAAUUUCAUCAGUUAGCAUUCGGGGCAAUUUCGGAAAUUAUAACGUCGGAAAUUAUUGAGAAAAAUCGCAUUAUGUAUCUCACUGAUUUUUUAUCUCAAUAUAAAUAUCAUUGAUAUUGGAAUUUUCUGAAGGUCAAGUACGCGCUGAAGAUCUACAGGAAUAUCGUGCUGAAAAUUUAGAAAAUAAAAUUAUUAAAGCUUUUGGCGAUCGACUUACUGUGGAGUCAUCUAUGGGAGCUACAAAAAGGAAAAUUGUCUAUAAGUAUGACAUGUACACGUCACGAUUAGCUGGUGAAAUAGCUAAAUUACAAUUUACUGAAAAGAAUCGAUGCAGAGAUGUCGCUUACGAAUUACAAAACUGUAUAACAUCUCAGGAAAGUAUGAAGCUACCAGAAAAUCUGACUCCAGAGGAUGUCAUUCUCGGAGAGUGUAAUAUUCCAGAACAACUAUUGAAUUUCGUGUGUGACUUAGUUCAAGAUCCAGAUACUCGACGUAAAAAUUCAGAUGACGACUUAGUGAAAAUGAAGUCUGUGUAUAGUGAUCUGAUUUAUAUUGUAACCAAAGGUAGAGUCAAACCGUCAAAACAUCUUACGCUAGGGUUAUCAAUGAAAUCUAAGACAAGUUCACGAAAAGUUCUGACGAUAUUGAAUAGAUAUGGACAUACAAUAGGCUAUAAUUUAGCUGAGAGAUUUAAACUGAGAUAACGUAUAGUUCCCAAAAAGAAAACAAUGUUAUAUCAGCCGGUAUUAGCAGAGUUAAUGGACUAAGUACGCACGUAGCUUUCGAUAAUUUUGACCGUUUUGUCGAUACAGCCACUAGGAAAGAUACUCUGCACGAUACAGUCGGUAUCAUUUAUCAGUUUCGCAGUAAAAAUGAUAACCCUAACAAUAUGGACAAUUCGGGUACUUCUGAUUCAGAAUCCUUAGGCGCAUAUGUUCAUGAAGAUCCUACGGAGGCUCUUGCACCAGCUCGUAAGAGACGGCGUUUUGAAGCACCUCCAAAGGAAAUUCGUCCCUUCGUUAAGACACCUUUUACAAGUAUGACGUUUCUUCCUUUUCAGACAAUUACUGAGACAAUCGAUGCAUGUCACUCAGAAAAAUUGAUUGCAAUUAAUAAGGAUUUGUUGUGGAGUAUGUCUUUAUCUCAAAUUGAUUCGGUACCCAUGUAGUUAGGUUAUAACUGCAAAAUUGGCAUUGAUGGGAGUAAAAUUCAGACAGUCGAGUACUUACCACCAAUAAAUGAAUCUCCUACGUCGCUAGCUGUUGUUCAGGAAACUCUUAACAUUGCAAAGGAAGUUGCUAAGAAUUGUAAUCAACAGCAGAUCAUAGCUACUUACGAUUUAGCAAUAGCCAAAUAGCUUUGCAGAUUCAACAUACUAAAAAGCCAGAAUUUGAUGAUAUAUUCAUUAAUUUAGGUGCAUUCUAUACCCAAAUGGCUUUCUUUAAAGCAAUUUGAAAGUAUAUUGAUUCCAGUGGAUUAAUAGAGAUUUUAGUUGAAGCGGCUACAUCCCUUGGCUUCUGGUGCUCUGCAGAUUCUUCAUUUUGAAAAAUAUUUGUCCGAAAUUGGCAUGGAUGAUGUUGAAAUAUUAAACGAAGAUUUAAACGCGAUAACGAAUACUUCGUGUGGAAUCAAUGAGAGCUUUGUUUUACCUGAUUCUUUGCAUAAAAUACUGGAGGGUUAUAAACAGUUCCGCGAAAUAACACUUCGGAGCGGCCAUGGAAAGACAGCCCAAUCUUACUUGCAGUAUACUGAACAUAUUUCUUCGAUUUUCUAGAAGUAUUCGUUGCAGUAAUUUUGAGCUCUACUUAGAUUCUAUCUUCGAAAUGUGUACUUACUUUUUUGCAUUCAAUCAGCCGAAUUAUGCCAAAUGGGCUGAUAUGUAUUAAAACAACUUAAUCAAGCUGAAGGUUGAAAAUUCAACUCUACUUCAGGAAUUUCGUGAAGGUGCAUUUGGUAUUAGACGCACAAAAUCAUGCUUAGGCAUAUCACCUGUCGACUUGACUUUAGAGCAGACGAUCAAUGCUGAUGCCGGUAAUACCUUGAAUGGUGUUAGCCAUUUUACAAACUCGAUCGCUGCACCAGAAAGAUGGGCUCUUAGUCAUAGUGUCAGAACUAAAAUUGUGUCGUUUGUAAAAGCAGAAAUCGGAUUAACUCAAGCCGAUGAUACUUCUUAUACGUUACAGAAGAAUCGAAUCGAGAAAGACUCUAAGACUAAACAGUAUUGUUGAAACGAUCAAUUUGUCAACUGGUAAAGCGGCAUCCUUAAAUGUUACCAAUUGUUUACUCAUCGUUAAGUCUUUAGACGAAGAACAAAAGUUAAAAUUUUUUUUGGAAUGUUUCGAAGAUUCAUCAAGAUUUGUGAGACCAAUAAUUCGUAAUAAAAUAAAUAACUUUGCUUCAGACUGUAUUAAAAAAAGUAUAAAGAGUACCACCGGAGACAAAAAAACAUUACUUAAAAUGGAACGAGAUAUUUUCGGACGUCUGUUAGCAAUUGCUAUAAAUCAAAAAGUUGACAUUGAAUACUGUCUGUCAUUCCCUCUUGUGCCUGUACCUCCUGCACUAUUUCAUUGUUCAGGCGACAUGAUGAAGACGGAUAAGUCAACUUUAGGUAAACAAUUGACUGCAAAGAUUGACCACAAACAUUUGGUAAAAUAGCAGAAUCGAUAUUGAUGAAACUUUGCUCGGAAAAUACUCUGGAAGUACAUAUCAUAUUUGAUAGAUAUUUAACGCCUAGCAUUAAAAAUUGCGAUCAGCAAAAUCGAGAAGGAAUUGAUAUUCCAUAUACAAUUAAUGGACUUUUGUAAAAAAGACCGAAUGAUUUUUUAAAAAGCUUGAAGAAUUUUCGUUUCAAAGAAAGCCUGGUAAAAUUCUUAGCUGACCAUUGGGUUGAUGAUUCUUUUGCUACAAUAUUAGGAUUAUUAAAUUAUUUAUUUAUUAUUAUUAAAUUAUUAUUAAAAAUUUAUAUUACUGUUGGAGAACAAUGUUUUUCAUAUUUUUCUGUUGGAAAUUUCGUAGUGAAAACUGAAGAAACUGAAUUAGCAUGUAAACAUGAAGAAGUAUUUUCCACAUAAGUAAAAUACCUGAAAAUUCAAAAAUUUUGGUAAAAACAGCAGUCACUGACGUUUUAAUAAUUUUAUUAGGUAAUAUGCAUAAAUUUCCUAAUUUGCAAAUUUGGUUGGCAAACAGUUCAUUGAACAAAAGUAAAAAUAAAGAUGAAGUUUACAUUAACUGUACAGAGUUAUCAAUAAAAUUAGGCGCGACUUUAUGUAUUGCUCUUCCCGCUUUUCACGCCUACACGGCUGCAUUUUUCAACAAAGGAAAACUUCGGCCCUUGGAUUUAUUUAUGAAGCACCCACUAAUUCAACAAGUUUUUGCGUCACUGACGAAUCCUGCUCUUUAAUGAAACCAAAAUUGAUGCAGUCCAAGAGUUUACGUGCCUUAUGUAUGCACUCUCAAAGUGUCAAAGUGUAAAUGCCGCAAGAUUUUUAUUAUUUAACAAAAUGUAUGCUUCAAAACAAAGUAAUGAAAAAUUUAUGAAGAGAAUUAAAGGUUUGAACUGGAAAUCUUUGAAACUGUUGCGGACAAUCUUUGUUAAUUCGAUGUGGUUAUUAAAUGCCACUGAACUAGACUGUAUCAAGUUCAGCCCGAAAAAUAAUUGCUGGCUGCUAUUCGAUGGUUUUCUAAAACCAACAUGGUUCCUGGGAGACUCAACUCCAACGCAAGUUAAGAGUGUGCUAUGUGAUUCCAUGGACAAAUCUUCCGAUAUGUCUAGGAUAGAUAGAUUAAUAAGUCACUUGAAAACCAGUGGCACACCUCCACCAGGUCAAAAACAUGAACCUGUUCAAUAUGCAUUACUACAAGGGAAUAGAAAAAGUGAAAAGAAAAUUUUAGACCUAUGGUGCAAUAUGAAUUUUUCAGGAAAUACUUCUCGGAAAAUUUUAAUAUCACAUUCGGUAAUGCAAAAUCUGACACGUGUCAAAAAUUGUAUCAAAAUGAUUAAUCAAAUUGACGGUGCAUAUACAGAAACUGAGAGAGACAGACUUAAGGCAGAAAAAUCAUUGCAUGUUGCAAAAGCCGAAACCUUCUACGAACAGCUUAAACUGAAGUCGGAACUAUCUAAAACUACUGCUCACAUGGAAGUUAUAACUUUCGACUACCAACAAAAUUUUCCGUUACCAGUAUCAUCAAGUGGGGAAGUAUUGUAUAAGAUUCAAAUGUGGGUCUAUAACUUCUGUAUCCAUGUCGCAAGCACUGGCAUAAGUUAUUUUUUUCUAUAUGAUGAAACCAUUUCUGGAAAUGGACAAAACGAAGUCAUCAGUCAUCAAAAAUCUUUAGGAGAAUACAAGAAAUGUUGAAUAUAAUAAAAUAUAUUGUUGCUUCGCACAUCUUUUUGUUUAUACCGAACCUCUACAACACCUUUAUGCAUUAUGCAGAAUGUAAAACAAAAUUGUCUUAGGGACACAUAAUAGAUAUUGGGGCAAACACGAGGAUCUUCAAAUAUUCUAAAGGAAGAAACAAAUAUAUUUUAUUUAAUCAAGAAAUAGAGGAAGAGUCGGCUCAGAUAGAUAU